UACAGUUCAGACUUCAUGGUUCGUUCACGGCACUAACUAGGAAGGAAAUCGCACUCAAAGAGCUUCACGGAGCCUGCGGCGUUGCUCCUCUUGUACAUUUCAGUCAUGAAGAAUCUUCAUUUCAAAGAUUUCUUCUGGAACUUAGAUCUGACCUGCACCAACGGCUAUGAUGCCAUAAUUCAGUAUCUAAACGAAGGCAAAAGGACAUGCAAGGAGGUCGAGGACUUCAUGAAAGCAAGGGCUUCUAUUGAAGAGAAGUAUGCCAAAGACCUGCUGGGUUUGUCCAAGAAGGUGUGUGGACACAACGAGAUGAACACUUUAAAGAGAUCCCUGGACAUCUUCAAACUACAGACUGAGCAAGUGAGUCUUUCACACUUGCAACUUGCUCAAAGCAUGAAAGAAGAAGCCAAGAAGCUGGAAGAAUUUAGGGAAAAGCAGAAAGAAGCUAGGAAAAAGGUUGAACAGUGCAUGGACGCUCUUCACAAGCAGAAAUCCUCACAGUUCAAAAAAACAAUGGAUUCCAAGAAAACCUAUGAGCAGAAGUGUCGAGACAAAGAAGAAGCUGAUCAGAAUGUUAACCGGAACACCAACACUAACAACACAAAGCACAUGGAGAAGCUUUACUCAAAGGCACAGCAGGCGAAACAGUAUGCAGAGGAGGCUGAUAAGACAUAUCAACAGAAUGUCACAACAAUGGGAAAACUAAGAGAAGAGUGGCUGAAGGAGCAUGUCAAGUCCUGUGAGGUUUUUGAAAAACUGUCAAUUGAGCGCAUUAACGUUCUGAGGAACACGAUUUGGACUCAUCUCAACCAGCUUUCCCAGCAAUGCGUCACCACCGAUGAGCUGUAUGAGGAAGUGAGGAAGUCACUGGAACAGUGUGACAUCCAGGAAGACGUUGAACACUUUAUAAACCUCAGGCGGACAGGAGAGAAACCUCCAGCUACUGUGUUGUAUGAGAACUUCUACAGUGGGCAGAGGUCUCCAACUGAAGCUCCAUCCUCCCGUCUGCCUCUAUUUCCCAUCAGGAGGGGGCCAUUACCUGACCCAACUAACAAUCGGGAUGGCGCACAGCUCUCAUUGGAUGCAGAUGCAGGCUACAGUGUGAUCCAGUACUAACUCUCGGCUAUGCUAGUAAAUAUCUCUCAUGUCUCUUAACUUCCCCUUUUAUGGUUUUAUGAAAAUACACUCAUGAGAGGUGUUAAAAUAGCGUCAAAGAUCUGCUUAGACUGAAAAUAAAAUAUUUUUUUUUCCAUUGUACAACAGAAAUAAAAAAAAUUAAAGGUUUAAGAGGCAUUUCAAAGAGUUUAGUCCUAUUUUGAUAAAAAUACACUUUUGUAAAUAUAGCUGUAUGCACAUAGCGCUUUCUUUAUUUCCACAUAGCAGCCUUCUUCACCUAUACUCAUGUAUUUUAUUCUGCUAACUUGGUUCAGAAUCUUAAAGGCCUGACAUUUUAUUCCUUGUUUUCAUUUCCUUUAUCGUGUGAAAAGCGGUCACGUGACAGGAAAUGCUUUCAACCCCUUUUCUUUUCACUGCCGUCCAGUCAAAGUCCUGUUCCUUGUUGUUCAGUCUUCACUUCAACAUUUUGACAUUGUUGCUCAUGCGCUGGCUGAUAUGAUCAUGCACCGUUUAGAGCUUUAGAUGAUCACUUCUGUUAUUUAAAGCCAUGUGUUAAGUUAAGAUCACUGUUUUUCUGCUUUGUGAUUAGAAAUAGUUGAAAAGACACCAAAAGCAGCAAAGACUGUGACCGCAAAAAUAAACAGGUUAUUUCCUUUAACAGCUGCUAAUUUGAGUCAUUUCAUAUAACCUUUGUUAACCUCCAAAGGUCAUUGUUAGGAUAAAAGUCCAGUUCCUGUUUAAUGUUCAAUUUAAGCCAUCAUACGGUCUUCCCUCUUUAUUAUUGUGAGUUGUCAGAUGAAUCAAUAAAUGAAAAGUGCUCUACA